AUGGGGGUGAUGAAUAAGUUCUUCGUGUAUGCCAAGUUGGUGGUUCUUCUGACAAUUCGGAUGACGGCAAAGUUGCUGCAAAUGGGGACUUCUCAACUCGCUGAGAUGACUCGUCGGCUAGUGGGAAAGUCUCGUGUCGAUCUACAAAACGGAGACCAGCAACUACUGAACACUGAAAGUAUUGACGACGCGGUGGAGAAGGACCUCACGGACAAGUGGGUCGCUGUCUCUGACGAAGACAACUGGGAGCCUGGUGGGAAGAAUCUGCUGGAUACGAACAGAAAGCCAAGCCACCGAGUAUCCGAGUCAAGCACUGAAGACGAGCUGAUCGAGUUCAGCGACGGAGAAGAGCCCACUGCUCUACUUCACUCAAUUAAACGCGACCGUGCUGCGACUAAACUGAUCAGCCCAGAGUCUGCAACGAUGGUACUGCGCUAA